AAUUUCGAACAUGGGAGAUUUGCAAUUUCCUGCUUUCGAAACCAAUGAUUUAUUUAUUCACUGCUGCUACCUCUUCGCGGAGCACGCUUUCGCGUUGACUUACAAACCAAAUGUAAUGGAAUUUUGUUAUUCUAUUAGCUACUAGUAGCAAUUAACGUAAUGUACGGCGUUAAAACCGUGUUGCUCUCCUAUCCUUUGUUUUGAAAUAAGUGGGCGUGUGUUUCGGCUUCCCCUCAAAUACAAUCAGGAAGUUGUCCCGCGCCAUUUCCAUAGCUUCUACGCCAUCUCGAAGACCGUGCUUCGAGUUACAAGAUUACGUUAUCAACAUCGGUGUACUCUUAUUCAAUUUAUCAAAAACCCACUGCGUCGAGGUUUUCGGACCGACUUCAGUUCCACCAUCUACGUACUAUAUAACGUCGUCGUUAGCUGUUGAUUGUUGUAGUAGUGAGGUGAACUAACGUCGUUGGCUAGCUGGUUAAAGUUAGCCUACUUACCACUUUCGAAAUAAUAAAAAUAGCUAGUAUCGUUGAUGUGUCCUACCCUCUCCACUUUGAAGUCAUGUUGGGCGAAUCACUAAUAAAUAUUGAACCAAAUCUGGACAACGUUGAAAACAAUAAGCCAUCCAUUUUGACUUCCUAUCACGUCGGGGCAAGCCUAGGCAAAACAAGGCAAGCACUGUUGAAGAAAGGUGGGAGAAAAUUGCGUUCAACAACGUCAGGGUUGCAGCGGACACACCAACAACCGCGCCAAAAAACGCUGAGAAACAACCCCACGCGCCUAGCAGACAUCAACAACAAUGUCGCAGCUUGUAAAGCCCCAAGUGCCGAACUCGCAACCCACCGGAUCCAGGCGACUGUGCUGACCUGUCACCAUCUAAAGCAGGGGACAAAGAAAGAGCUGCUGAAGUCAAAAAAUGGGAGAGUGGAGAGGGCCACAACACCAGGUGACCAGUCUGUCCACAACCUCGAUAGACUCGAUCAAGCUGCCCAAAAUCUCAACACCCGGAGCCAAAGGAGCAGGCACGUUAAUGCACCUUGCAAUGCUCCCUCAGUACAGAAAUAUGACAACAGCUGCCACACGAAGCCCAAUUCUGCUCCCUUCCAGCUCCUCCGUAGAGAGGAGAAGAAUCCCUUCAACUCAGUUGACAAUGUCAAGAUUGUGACUGUAUCCCCAGCUGAGCUUGUGCCUGAGGAUGAGCUGAAAGACGGAGAGAAGAUCUAUGCUGGAGCUAAAUUCAGCGAGCCCCCGUCUCCAAGUGUCCUGCCCAAACCACCGAGUCAUUGGGUCGGCGAGACUGCCCCCCAACAUUCCGACCACAGCCGAGAGCAAAUUACGUUUCAUUUGAAGUCUCUGCUGAAGGUUCAAGAUAAACCAUGAUCUCAAUGGAUGGAAAUCUUAUCAAAAAGAUCUGUCUAUACCUGAUCAAUGACAAAUUUGGCACUGAAGAAUUUGGACUCUGAAAGAACUGGAACUAUAACUUAACAGCAACAGAAAGUAAUGGGUUUUUGAUCUGUAAUACAAUUUCACAUGUUUUGAGCAAGCGGCCUUGUUUUUGGGGGGAUUUUCUAUGAACUUGUGUAAAUGUAUAUACUGUAAACAUGUAAUAUAAGUGUAUAUUUUUCAUGUUAUUUUAACAGAAAGUAUAGUUUUGUUACUGAUGCCUAAAAAAGAUGUUCACCUUGAGCUGGUGCACUUACUGUUCCAAUAAUGGGCUGCAGUGCCCAUUGGGACGCAUUAAACGUAAGAAAGAUUAUCUUACAAAUUUGCACAAGACUGACUGAACCAACACGAGUCACCAUAGUGGCAAGCAAGCAUAGAGUUGUGUGAAGGUUUGGGGUUCUGUGAACUUCAGCCCACCAGUUGUGACUGCUAUUGCCUUGAAUGCACUGCAGGGAGGACCCACAAUCUUCAGGGAACUCUCGAAGGACGGUCUUGAAGACGGUAACCUCGUCCCCAGGCUCAAUGACAGAGGGAGCCAGCUGGGUGAACGACAUCAAGAAGAUGGAGUGACAAAUGUGAGUCUCAAAAUCAAAAAUUCCCCCUCUGAUGACGAGGACAACUGCCGCUGCAGGAAACAGACAAAUUCAGCACGAGCACUGACUGAGUGCCCUUUGUUUUGAAUCUCUAUAGCACUGACACAUUUGUUUUUUGUUUUUCCUUUCAUUGGCCCCCUGAUCACCAGUGUUGUUCCAUCUAAAGCGCUGAGAAUGUUUACCGGAAGAAAGAUGAACGACAUGGUCUUUAUUAUUAUGUAACACACAUUUGACCCCUUCCCUCUAGAGCUAGGCAGCUGCUAGUUCUUGUUCCUUCACUCCGUGUCACACAAAAAUGAAAUUGUAUUACUGUACCAAAGAUUGAAUUUUGUUUUUUGCAAAUGUUCAAAAAGUUAAGUCCAGUGACUAAAUUUGUAUACAUCUUAAAGCAAUACUCUCACUUUGCAAUUAGAAUUUUUUUAAUUUUAUGAUGCAUUUCAUAUCUAAAUUGACAUUAAAAUAUUGGCUACCCCUUA